AUGGUGCACGCUGUUGAAGGCCAACAGAACGCGAAUGCAGAAGAGCACUCGCCCGGCACCGAAAACCUCAACGGCACCGUGGUGGCUGAGACAGCCGUGUCCCUGACACACUCGAAUGUCGAACAGACAGAGACACACACGUUGUCACGAAUUUUUGCUCUGCUCGUCACAAUCAACGCUUAUCCAAAGCAUAGCCUGAGCGGUUGCAUCAACGAUGGUGAGGCGGUACGCACAUACCUGGAGACGAUACACCACGUUCCUUCGGCGCAUAUCAUGUCUCUCAAGGAUGAGCAAGCAACCCGCGACGGCAUAGAGAAGGUUUUCAAAUCACAUCUCAUCAAUAAUACCAGCAUCAAGAAGAAUGACCUGGUGGUCUUUUUCUUUGCUGGACACGGGGUGAAGGAAUACACUGACGAGAGGUGGCCUCGUCAGUAUAGAGGCAAGAUGGAAUGCAUCUGCCCUCAAGACGUGGAUUAUAACCGUGUUCACGGAAUACCAUCCAUCCAACUGAACGCAUGGUUUGCAGAACUGGCUUCUGUGAAAGGUGAUAACAUUGUCGCCAUUUUUGACUGUUGUCACUCCGGCGACAUGUCUCGCGACGAUUUUCAAUAUCGAGAAUACGAAUUAGAGACGAAGACUUAUAUUCCAAUAUAUCCUGACGCUCUCAUCGACAUCAAUAAAUGGUUUUCCGCGUCCCUCUCCUCGUCCCAUUUGCGGGGGGCGAGACAAGUUCUGCCCAAUUGCUUUCGGUAUGAUGGAUUGGCAUCGCACGUGCUUCUCAGUGCUUGCAGACCCGAGGAGAAGGCGAGAGAAGCACAGUACCGCGGCGCGUUCACAAAAGCUCUUCUCAAUAGACUGUACGAAAUUGCACAGGGAGAGGGGGAGCCCACCACAUACAUAUCGCUGGUUGCUACUCUACCGACGCCAUCGCAGACACAGAACCCACAAUGCGGAGGAACCAACGCGGGUCGUCUAUUGUGGGUCAAUGAGACCCCCUUUGAUGUCGAUGUCGGCUUCAAGGUAACUGUGACACAGAGCAAGCUCUCUGUCGCUGCAGGGUCCUUAGUCGGUGUCGAAAAAGGCAUGAAGUUCGAUGUUCAAGUUGCUAGAGAGCCCUCGGAGAUGCUUCAUGGCUUCACAAUUACUACAGUCGGCCCAGCGAGUUCCUCAUUCAAAGUCGACACCGCGAAAUACACCCUCCCCGAGCUCGAGAAGAAAAUAACAAUCUUAUCUCGAGCAAUAUUCCCAGACCUUGUGACGAUGCGGUUCACAUAUUAUCUAGCAAGGCAGACCUUGCAACUCCCCUCCUCGGCUCCUGAAUGUGCCACGCUGCAGAAUCGGGACGAGGCUGACAUUCAAAUCAUCGACUUAGAUGAAUCGACAGGACAGUGGAUCCUACAGAAUCGACAACCUGUUGUCAACAAGUAUGCAGCUUCAGCAGCGUCCGUCGAAGCUCCGUUCAACGAUAUCUGGAAGACUUGUCAACACAUUGCACGCUUCAAUUUUCACUUGGGUCGGAAAUUCAAGACUCCGCUCCAGGGUGUCAAGAUUGAGCUUUACAUCCUCAAACGAGGGGGGCCAGAGGAUGACAGUUUGAGCAUUUACGAAGCGGAUGAGCAAAUCCUACCCGAUUCCUCUCGGAAGGACGUUUCGGCCAGCUGUUUGCCUGAAUACACAAUAAAGUACAACCCGAAAUUCGUCUAUGGAAUCAAGAUUGUGAACGACUCGGAAUACGAUCUAUACCCGUAUCUGUUCAACUUUGACCCGUAUGAAUACUCCAUUGAGAAAUGGUACACUCCCGAGCAUCAGGACACGCCGCCGCUGAAGAGGAAAGGCUCAAUCGCUGUGGGAUACGGUGUGCAGGGCGCACGCAAGGUAGUCGCAUUUGAUCUCGCUGAAGAGAAAUCAACGGAGUCGAGCUUCGUGAAGCUCUAUUUCUCGACAACAUUUGUUCACACGGAAAGUCUAGAGCAAGUUCCACUCAACAAAGAAGCUGCAGAGCGCAAAGCAUUUUUAAAGGAGUUGCCGAAUGUAGGAAUGUGGGACAGUGAUACAUUUGUUUUCACCGUUACGAAGGAGACUCAAACGAGUGCUCCACGGCUUGCCUCGCACACGUUUAUGCGAAUUGUCCUAUGCCCAUUGAAUGCUGAGGAUGACGACGAAUAUGGAACUAUAUGCGACUGUAUCAGCAAUGGUAACGGAAUGCGGAGUUAG